AUGACGACGGUGGUGGACGCGAGCGGCACUGUGGAGGGGGAGCUGCGACAGGCGAAGGACGCACUGAAAACACUUAGCACGCUUGCCGAGCAAGCCGAGCGCGGCGCCAUGGUGGACUAUGACUUAGCACAGAGACUCAUGCACGAGGUUUCCGACCGCGUGCGGCCUUUGGCGCAAGGCACCAUGAACAGCUUCGCCGGCACCACAGUCGUGUCCUCCAGCGGCGCCACACUGCACACUCGUGCCGGUGCCGGGUGCUCGCAAAACGUUACGCCGCUACAACGACGACGUGCCGAACAGGUGCUAGCGGAGGUGAAGCUAAUUGAAACGACACUGCACCGCUACGCCAAGAAAGCAGAGCAGCAGGCCACCUACGUGUCUGAUCUGAAGUCGCUUGUCGGUAACGGCGCCGGGGCGUACCGCCAAAACUACGAAGCGAUGGACCAUCUGGAGCAUGAGAAAAAGAGCCUGCAGUACGCUCGGCAGCGCAUGCAGGCAAUGGAGUCGGAGAGCCGCGAUGUCCUGGCGGCCCUGCAAGAUCAAGGUCGCCGACUCGGCGGCGUAGGUAACAAGCUUGCCAAUAUGCUAGAGACCCUGGGCGUGUCGAACGUGACUAUUCUACAAAUUGUGCGGCGGAACAAGGCAGACGCGUGGCUGGUGUACGGCGGGAUCGCGCUGCUUCUGUUCUUCCUGUGGUACAUCUGGUAG